CUGCUGGAAUUGGGUAUAAUUGGCCCCGCCUACAAUUGCCCCGCCCCCGUGUGAAUCUUUAGCUGGAAUAUGUCGGUACCUCGAGACGACUGGGGACCCCCGUUACUGACUCCGCUGCUCCUGCUGAUGUCGGUGACGUCAGUGUCCGCACAAGUCUUGGUGAUCGUUGACGGAAAGGUUAAUGCCAAGUUGGGGUCGGACAUUAAGUUGUUCUGCAAAGUGAAAACCCUGGAAUUGAUAUCCCAAGUCACUUGGCAGAGGAAGUUGUCGCCCAACAAUGAGAAUUUCCUAACUUACAGCAAAGGAGAGGAACCCCUGCACCUGACUCCGUUUGGGGAGAGAGUGAGAUUUCUGGGCAAUGGGGAUCUUGGAGGCUCCAUACUGAUACCCAAUGUAACCCUGACUGAUGAGGGCACCUACCUCUGUAUCUACACAACAUUUCCCAGUGGGACAAAUGAAGGGGAGAUUAAACUGUUCAUCCAGGUUCCUCCAAAAAUCUCUGUGGAACCUACAGAACCGGUAUUAUCCGGACCUACGUCUAUGCCCAUUGCUUUGUGCUGUGUAUGGGCUGCCAAGCCAGCAGUAAAUAUCACCUGGAUCUUCAGUGACACCCACUACUUUUCGGAAGAGGAAUCUACAAACCAUGAAAACGGCACCGUCUCUACUUGCAGUCAGUUGUUAACAGUCCCUCUCCGCAGUCAUAACGGCCGUAAUGUUACCUGUGUCGUCUCUCAGUCUAACGGGAAGUCCAUGGAGAACUGGAGUCGGACUCUGACCAUACAGAACAUUUACUAUGCUCCAGAAGUGAAGGCCAAAGUCAUAGAGAAGGAUGAUGGAACCAUCCAACUAUCCUGCAAAGCAAACUCCAACCCCCCAGCUACUGAGUACUUAUGGAGAAGGGAUGAGAAGGACCUGCCUGAUGAUGGAGUGGAGGAACUGGGGGCUGCGCGACUGCUCAGUGCCGAUACCUGGAAAGGAUAUUAUGUUUGUGUAGCUGGAAAUGAAAUUGCACAUUCCUCUGGAUAUAUCUAUGUGCAAACAGUCAUGGUAUCAACUACAUCUAGUAUCAACGUCAUCUCAUUGAUCCUCCUGAUUCUCAGCUUAGUGAUCAACAUUUGCUUCACUGUUAUAUUCUGCAGGAACACAAAGAAUCUCAGGGAAGAUUACAGGAGAGCCCACUCAUGGUUGUCAAGCAAUUAUACCCCAAGAUUGCAGAACAUACAGAGAUCAGGCUGUUGUGAAGGGGAUCAUGAAGAGACACCAACAGAGGACGGAGUCACUGGAUCAGUUCCAUUGCAGAGGGAUAUCCAAGAUAUUGACCUUCAGGCUGGGACCCCAUCUUCACCUGAAUUCAGUACGACGGGGAAAAUAAUUGCCCUUGAGAACAAUAAAGACGUUUUCCAACACUCGUCCAUGCAGAGGGCAUGUGACCUUGACUCCGGUGAAGAAGAAGAAGACACCAGUUAAUAGAUUAGAAAUCCCUAUGAUAAAACCUUUUGCACUUAUUUUGGUUAACCCGGCUCAGUCUCUUUUUAUAAAAUGCUGUUGUCAGUUUUUUGUUUCAAGUUUUUUGUUAUGCAAGGUAAAGGAUAAAUGGGAAAAACUUUUGCCGUCUACUUUAUAUGAGCAAUUUAAGAGAUCUUUAUUAGGGAUUUAUUGAAGAACCCCCCCUGCACCAGUACCGUGUCUCUCUUAGUUUUACAGGGACCUGAUACCUGCAAGAAACAUAGGACAUUUCAGACUAAGGCCUUUCACUUACUGAAGGAGGCAUCAGUAAAGUGUCUUCCUUUAAAAAAAUGCUAAAUAAUUACAAUUAAUAGCAAAAAUGCUUUUCCGUAAUUUUUUCCUUUAAAUCCCAAGACUUAUACUGGAUGUUUAUUCAUUCAUAAAUUUGGCACACCUCAAAUAUAUCCAAAUGCUGGAUGCUCACUGUCUGAGCCCCCAUAAAUAUAUAGAAAAAUUAGAAUGAACAGGGCACACCAGUCUAGAAAAAAAAAGCAAUUUUAUUACAUAAAGCAAGAAACGUGUUGAGUUUUUUCUUGCUUUAUGUAAUAAAAUCGUUUUUUUUUCUAGACUGGUGUGCCCUGUUCAUUCUAAUUUUUUUUAUACAUAUAACGGAUGUUGCUUUGAAGCUCCAUAUUUUUUUUUUUUGAUGCCAGUAAUAAGAACUAUAGAGAAUUAAACUGUGAUUUAGUUAUAAUAAGCUGUUCCUCGCUUGCAUUGUGUAUAAACACAGUGGGGUGCUAAUCCGGUUGCCCUGAGACUGUUGCUAUACUUAUUGAACCCUGUGCUGGAUAUUCCCAGAGCUUUACACUGGAACACUGAAACUAAUAGAAGAUUACUGGGACAAGUUUAAUUAAUUGUUUAUUUUGUUUUUUUAUACUGUGUGUGUGUGUGUGUGGUAUACAAGCAUUUUAAUUGUACCACAGGCAGCUAAUCUGAAAAGUUUGUUAUGUAAUUGUUUUUUUUUAUACUUUUAUACUGUAUGAACAUAAUACUGCAUUUUUUUUAAAUAAAUGUAUUUACAUUA